AUGCAUUCUGGUUUUGGAUUAUUAGAAAGUGGUAGUGUGGCAGCAAAAGAUGAAGUAAACAUUAUGGUGAAAAAUGUUGUUGACGUCGUCUUUGGUGGCUUAGCUUAUUGGGCAUUUGGUUAUGGACUGAGCUUUGGUAACGGACCAUACAGUAAUGCCAUCACAGGAUGGGGCAAAUUUUUUUAUAAUCCUCAAAGGGACUUUGAUUCCCCACGUGAUGAAGGCUGGGCUUAUGCAAAUUUUCUAUUUCAGCUUAGUUUUGCAACAACCUCAUCAACAAUUGUUUCUGGUGCUGUAGCUGAACGUGCCAAACUCAGAUCAUAUAUUUUAUUGGGUUGUAUUGUAAUUCUAAUACAAGCAUUACCUUCUCAUUGGGUAUGGGACAGUCAAGGAGUGUUUUUCAAAUUAGGCGUCGUUGACUUUGCUGGCUGCUCAUGUAUUCAUAUGGUUGGUGGUAUCAUUGGGUUAGUAGCUACCAUUUAUUUGAAACCACGACGAAAUCGAUUCAAUGAAAAUUCGGUGCAUCAAAUGAGCUCACCAACAAAUGCGCUUCUUGGAACUUUUAUGCUUUGGUGGGGUUGGUUCGGAAUUAAUUCUGGAUCAGCUUGGGGUGUCACAAAUGGUCGUUGGCGACUUGCAGCUAGGGCAUCGGUGGCAACAAUAAUGAGUUCAAUUGGAGGUGGUGUCACAUCAAUUACAUUCAGUUUUGCUAAAACAAGAAAAUUACAAGUUAAUUAUUUAAUUUUUGGUUUACUCUCUUCAGUAGUUGCAAUUACAGCAAUUUGCGCCGUUGCACGACCCUGGCAUGCAUUGCUGAUCGGUGCAAUUAGUUCAACCAUUUCUAUCUCAGUAAUACCGGCUCUGGAAUUUUUGAAAAUUGACGAUCCGGUUGGCAUUAUACCAAUUCAUCUUACAUCAUCCAUAUGGGGUAUGUGCGCAGUUGGUAUUUUUGCUGAAGACGAUCAAGUGCUGGCAGUAACAAGUGGACAUUAUGGUUUGAUAUAUUCGGGAAGUUUUAAAUUGCUUGCAAUACAAAUGCUUUGCACAAUAACUAUUCUCGUUUAUAGCGCUAUCGCCGGACUUCUUGCCCUAAUUAUUUUGGGUAAAAGUCCUCUUGGAAUACGGGUUACAGAUUACGAGGAGCAGAUUGGCGCUGAUGUCGUAGAACAUGGUUUAGCUGGUACAAAUAUUGCUCGAUAUCAUCUUGAAAAGCCUUUAUCAUCAAAAACUUUUGCGACUGUUACAAAAGCAAUAACAAAAUGGAAAAUUCAAACACGUACUAAUCGAGCAUUACGUCAACAAAAUGCUGCACUUGGAUAUCGACAAGAAUCGGAUAGUGGUACUAUGCUGAUGAGACAACGUAAAAAUAAACUUUCUAACGGUGCAUUCUUUUCACUAAGUCAUCAUAUUCGUUCACGCAACUCACCUUCACGUACAAAAACGUCUACUACGCCAGCAAUAUCACUUUCAUCAAACUUUUCGAAAGAAACUAAUCGACGUUCUAUGCCACCGUUUAGGAAAAAAGAAGAUAAUGUUAAAUGUGUAAAAAUCAAUGAAAUAGCAGCAUUUACUUCAAAACGACGGAUGGAGGAGGAAGAUGAAAAAAAUCCAAAUUGCAGUAAAAGAACACAGUCAAAUUUUGUUCCAAUGUUGGAUAGGUUUAGCAAUAAUAUCAGUGGUACGUUAAAGUCAUUGAAUCCAGAUCAAUUACGACUUGAUGUAAGUAGUGGAUCAGCACAAGAAGCUGGUAGAUCAUUAGAUCAUAAUAUUGUGUCCGAAAGAAGGGUACUCCAAUAUGUGACACCAAAUAUAGAUUCAGGGAGUGCAACCAGAAUUGUUACUUCUGCCACAUCGUGUAGGAAUAAAAUUUUACCAUUAAUUUCGGAUGCUGUUUAG